AUGGCUUCAUUUAAAUUUCAUUUUUCGGGUACAUCUGACGAAUCAAACGAUAAAGAUAGUGGACAUAUCGAGUGGCUUAAAAGCGAGGAAAUUUUACCAAGCAAUCAAUUAAAAGACCUAGAUGUUUUGGCCGCUCAAGCAAAAAUGUUUACAUGUGGGGAUGUAGAAAUAGGGCAUGUGGUAGUAAGUAAUAUGAUGAAUUACAUUAAAGAUAAAGGAUUGGAAAAUGUAAUUGAACUUGCUGAGAACAAUCAUAGUGAUCUUGUUACUGGGACAUAUGAAGGUGGUCUUAAAAUUUGGGAGUGCACAUAUGAUCUGGUAGAGUUCUUUGAAGAAAAUCCAGAAAUUGCAAGUUUUCAGAAAUUAAAAGUCUUAGAUUUGGGAUGUGGAGCUGGGAUUUUAGGCAUAUAUGCAUUUUUGAAAGGAGCCUUUGUGACAUUUCAAGAUUAUAAUAAAGAAAUCAUAGAGAUAUCUACAAUUCCUAAUGUUUUACUAAAUAUUGAUGAAGAAAACAUAGAGGAAGAAAUAAAAAGAUGUAAAUUUUAUUCAGGAGACUGGGAGUCAUUCGACAAGUUACUCAUGGAGACUGAAAAAUUUGAUAUUAUCAUGACUGCGGAAACUAUUUACAAUCAAAAAAAUUAUGCUAAACUGCUUUCACUUCUUAAAAAUCGGAUAAGUGAAAGUGGUACUAUUUUUGUAGCAGCAAAGACAUAUUACUUUGGAGUUGGAGGUGGUACAAGGGAAUUUGAAACUUCUUUAAAAAAAAAUGAUCUCACAAGUGAAGUAGUAUGGAAAACAAAUAUUGGGAUCCAAAGAGAAAUUUUGAAAAUUAAAACAUUA